GGUAUCGACCACAGCAGAGUACAGUGAACUCCACACACUGUUCCCCCAGCCGCCACCACCUCGAAACUCUGCACGCUGGUCUGUUGUCCUGCGUCAGGCUGGUGUGGUGAGCUGCGCGUUGGCCGAAAGCUGUGCCGCCCGUGGGAAGUGUGCGGACGAGUGACGGAAGGCAAAAAGAAAGGAAAGGAACGCGUGGACUUGACAAAUAACCACUAUAUCGAAAAGUUCCCACGUGUGAAGUGUUUAUACGUUACUUGGCGUGUUUCUCAUCCCAGCCAUCUCCCGUGUUGGUGAUGGUAGUGUGAUUCCUGUGACUAGUGUGACAUUCGAAGCCUCAGCGUGGUGGGGGAGGCCAUGUGUGUUAGUAGGGGAAGGGGACGCCGCCCCCUGCUCCCCCCUGCGGCGUGGUGAAGUGAAAUAAAGUGAAGGAAAAAAGUGAAGGAGUAAACAUUAGGAGGCGAAGGAGGAAAAGGGCUGGCGGGUGUGAGUGACCAACCCUCACCGCCACGCCCUUGCUACUGCUGCUCCCUUCCUCCUCCUCCUCUUCUUCUUCUUCUUCUUCUUCCUCCUCUUUCUCUUUCUCCUCCUCUUCCUCCUCCUCGGGCAGUCAUUCGUCAUGGUUCUCAACAGUGAGGAGGGCGGGGAAGGUGCGGGCGAGGGAGGGGACGCGGCCCCGCCCACGCCGCGGCACCACCACUCCAAGCACCAACUCAAGUACGGCGAGCUGGUCAUCCUCGGGUACAAUGGCUACCUGCCACCCUGUGAUAAGGGCAGGAGAAGGAGCAAGUUUGUGCUGCUCCGGCGGCCGGUUGCCAACGGGGUCAAGCCGGCCAGGCACUACGUGGUACGGACACCCCAGAACACACAGGCCAUCUUGGACACACAGCAGCACAGCAUAUCCUACACCCUGUCCAGGAACCAGGCGGUCAUUGUGGAGUACCAGCUGGAUUCCGAGACAGAUAUGUUUCAGAUUGGGCGCUCAUCUGAGACUCCCAUCGACUUUGUGGUCAUGGAUACAAUACCUGGCGACAAGCAUGGGGAGAUGAAGGUCACCCAGAGUACAAUAAGUAGAUUCGCAUGCCGGAUCAUCGCUCACCGCACGACGCGCACCACUCAGGUUUACGCCGCUGGCUUUGACUCCUCCCGCAACAUCUUCCUUGGGGAGAAGGCAACCAAGUGGCAGAACAACGGGGAGAUUGACGGCCUGACCACCAAUGGUGUGCUCAUCAUGCACCCGCCCACCCAGUUCUGUGGGGGGGAGGCUAGGCCGGGCAUCUGGAGAGAAGUGUCUGUUGGGGGGGGAGUGUAUGCGCUACGGGAGUCUCGGUCUGCGCCUCAAAAGGGGAACAAGAUUGAAGAAGAGACUAAUGUACUACAAGACGGGACGCUAAUAGACCUGUGUGGUGCCACGUUACUCUGGAGGUCUGCUGAAGGCUUAGGGAAGUCUCCGACCAAACGACACCUUGAACAAAUGGUGGACGAGCUGAACGCGGGUCGCCCCCAGUGUCCCGUGGGUCUGAACACACUGGUCAUUCCCCGCAAGGCCACACUCACAUCCACCGAGAAGCAGCCUGUGGUGUACCUCAACUGUGGCCACGUGCAGGGGCUUCACGAGUGGGGUCACGAAAAAGACUCAAACUCUCACACCUGUCCCAUGUGUCUUAAGGUUGGGCCCGUUGUCAAGUUGUGUAUGGGAAUAGAACCAGCAUUUUACGUCGACAGUGGUCCUCCAACUUUCUGUUUCAAUCCCUGUGGACACAUGGCUUCAGAAAAAACUGUGAGGUACUGGGCUGCAGUACCCAUUCCCCAUGGGACUAAUGGGUUUCAUGCCGCCUGUCCAUUCUGCGCCUCACCACUGGAAGGUGAUGCGGGGUUUGUCCGCCUCAUAUUUCAAGAUAAUUGCGAUUGAAUUCCCUCCCUUUGUACACUAUAGUAUUAUAUAUGGACAUCCUCCCAUAAUGUAUCACCACCCUUCACUUUAUUUUGCACUCUUGCAUAUUUGUUAACGAUGCUGGGUAUAGAAAGUACACCUCAGAUAUCACUCUUGUAUCAUGAAAUCUUGUGUUCUUAUGCAGAUUAGUAGACUACUCUUCCUUAUAAUGAAUAACAUGUAAUCUGCAGCCACAGGGGGCACCAGUGUUAAUGUCUGACAAAUUACAGAACUAUGCAUCACAUGCAGCUGACCCUUUGCUCAUGACCAAAGCAUGCAAAUUAUUUAUGAUAAUCGUAGAUAUUUGUGAAUCUCCUUAAACUUUAAAUUACGGUUCAGUACAUUGUAUUAUGUUCCUGUAUUGAAGGAGCUUUUGCAUUUGUGUUUUAGUGAGACAAAAAGCCAUUGUGAAGUUGCUUGUCUUGCUGAAGUUGAUGCCAGUAUUGAUUCACUUCCCUCCACCAUAGGAAGGUAACACCCCCAUUGCUGUCUUGCUGCAGUGCUGAACUUGUUGAGUUGAUCUUCCUCCCAGUUACCUCAAGAUGGAUUAUUAAUGUUGCUUUUCAAACCUUUACAUUAUUGCAGAAGAAGAAUGCUUGAUAUACAUAUUGCUGUGCAAACAUGGUGCUUACCCCAGCACUGGUGCCAAUUAAUAAAGCUUGUAAGCCUGUUCACUCAUAUAUUAAACAUUUUUGAGGUAACUACAGGCCCAGUGAGACACCUUGGUCAGGGGAAAGGCAUGUUGCCUGUCUUGCCCCCCACCAGCAGCUGCACUGCUGGGAUCAAGUUAGUCACUGAGGGACUACUGGUGGAGCUAUGCAGGUGAGGCAGUCCUUGGCCAGGCAGCUGUCCAUGCAUAAACCAUGUUGAGGAACUGUCCAGGAAGAAAGUUGUUUUGCUUCAAAUGGUUAUUUAAUUAUGUCAAAUUCUAAGUGCAUAUCUGAUUGAAGGUUAUCUUGUUUUAAGAGUGCAAUAUUGUCAUGUACUGGUGAAGAGGUGGACUGUCCAGUUUUAUCUUUGUAUUUAUGUUGUUUUGAAGCUAUGAAUAUAAUGUGAGUCAUGAGAAGUGAUCUACUUGUUAAGUGUAUUUUGUGUGCCUGAUACUAUGGGUCCGGCCUGUAGAUUGCUCUCAGUACACCUCUCUCUGCAUCCGCUGCUCCCGUGAGCUAGACAGGAAAUGAAGGCAUUCUGCUUUGCAACUGGCCUGAGGAUGAAGCUGAAAUUACAUCAUUUUUAGGUUGUUUAAACAUCUAUAUAUUGGCAUUCUUCCAUUGUGGCAUUUAGGGAAGAAUUUGCUGUCAUCAUUGUUAUAAUUUUAAGCUAGAAUAACUUAGGACCACUGAUAAUGACCUAGUGAUGACUUGUGUAUUGCAGUACAUGACAUUUAGAAGUGUGUUGAGGUUCCCAUGUGUUUAGUUCAUUGUGUUACAUUAAGACAGGAAACAUGAUUUGAUGUAAUGCGAGGUAUGGAGCCUGUGGCCUUACUCUCCACUGGGUGAGGAGGGAUUCUUCUGGGAUGACCACAAAUUAAUUUUAAGAACGACAAGACUUAUGGGACGUGUAUUAUGAAACAAUGGAGAGGACGCUUUCAGAAUUUGACAUAACCCUGAAAGUGGUGCUUCUUUAGUAGUCAUGAAUCCUUUGUGUGUGUGUGUGUGUGUGUGUGUGUGUGUGUGUGUGCUCGUGUGCGCUAGAUGAGUGACUGCAGCACCUGAAGGCUUGCUUAUCAUUUAUAACACUGAGAAGCUCCUGUGAAAGAAUAUGGGCUUCAGUUUCUGCUAAUUAUGUUCCAAAUCCACCAAAAUGUACUUUUGAGCUCUGGAAGAGUUUGAUUUUCAAAUGGAAGAAUUUAAUUAUUAUUCAUGUUUGUUGACUGUCUUGCUGUGUACCAUGUAUUCAGAACACCCUUUGCAGUGUUAUUAGUGUGGUUGUUCACACACAUAGACCUCUCAGGAGUAUGUACUGUAGUUUCUUCCUAAUGUAAUAUUUCUUUAUUUUUGAAGGCAGUAAUGAUUUGUAGUAACAAUGUUCUCACUCAGGCUGCUGCUGUAAUUCUUCCAGCACUAAUUCAAAUCACUUUUCAUACAAGGAUACUCAUUUGUUAAGGCAUGUUGUUGCUUAUUGUUGAAAGUGUAAUUAAAAGGAGAGACUACUUAUCAAAAAUGCAUACAGUUGCAGAAUAUAAUUAUGACACACCUGUAUUAUAGGAGACAUAGCAUAAGUAUGACUUGUUAGAAGAAAUUAUAGGCUGACAUUUCAAAAAUCUAAAAUUCUUGUUAUUAGGUUUUCUUCACAGACUUAUUUAUCCUUUGUUAUGUCAUUUGAUGUGUGUGUGUGUGUGUGUGUGUGUGCAUGUGUGCAUCUGUGCACAUGCAUGUGGCUGCACUAGUGUGCUUGGGUGUUCAUGCUUGAUGAGAAAGUUAGGACACUUAACUGAACAGAAUAACAAUAAGAAAGUAAACUUUAUUUGGAGCAAACAGCAGAAUGGGGAUCAGCAAAAUCUCAUUAGACCAUUGGCAGGAAGUUGUUUGUUGGUGGCCUUGUGCAGAUGAGGAUCAGUAAACAUAUCAGCUUCAGAGAAUGAGAAUCCAUAAGAUUUGAGUUGGCAGUGGUGGUGGUGGUGGUGGUGGUUAGGUAGUCCCUCAGGCCAGUACCCUCCCAGUGAUGGCAGGACCACCACUCUGUCCAGUCCCAGAAGUAAAUGUUUUAUAUCACAAGACCCUCUGCUUACCAUUACUGCUCAAGCAUUUUUACAUUCCUGUUUAAUUUUUCCUGUCCACUUCCUCGGUGGCCUGUCUUAGCACUUGACCCAAUCUAUUGGUCAGGAUGUAGCUGAAGACUUUGAUCAAUACCAAGUAGUGAUGUUUUAAAUAGCUGUGUACUAAGUCCAUUCUAGAAGUUUGACCCAUAGACCACUGGAGAGUGGGGAGCCCAGCCUUCAGGUGUCACCAUGUUUGUCUGCUCACAAUUAGCAUUUGGUUUUCCUGAAGUCAGUUUUCAGCUAUGAAAGUUGUGCAUCAUUUCAAGGAACAGGUGUUGUAUAUCAAAAAACAAUGUACACACAUUCCAGCCUGCAACUGCAACAAGCAUUUGCAAGCUUUGAAAUGUAAAAUGUAUCUUUAGGCAAGUGAGUAAAUCAUGAUUGUUGGACAACAGUCAUGUAUGUUCUCUUUAAAAUUAUUGAAGCUAAAAACGCUAAUUGGAUGCCAACACAUCACCAGUAAUCAUUGUUGAGUGGGCUGCACAGUGUAUCAAAAACACUUCUUCAAACAUUGGGAGUGAUGUGCCAGUGUGAGCGGGAGCAGUUUUCUCCCCGUUGUUGUUAGUGUGGGAGGUCUGUUGCUCCAGCACUACUGAGAGGCUGCAGGUGGAGCUCUAGUGUUCUUGACUCAUUGGGGAGUCAUAAGUUACCCAGUUAGGCUGUACAUAAAAAAUGAUGUCCCUUUGUACUGAUAAACUAUUUUUGUACUCAGAUGUGGAACUUAGAGGUAGUCAUUACAAUGAUAACUUACUACAUUACUUGUAUUACCUUGCAUGUACAUCAUCUUUGUGAGUGGAGGUCUGUUACUGGGAACCUUUGCUUCAGGAGUGAAUUAAUUGACUUGUACUGCAGAGCCCCUCAGCUUUGUGAGUGCAGGACCAGGAUAACUAGGAGAUAGGACCAGGAAAGUGCCAAGCAAGGUAGAGGACAAUAUCAAACUAGGAAAUCAGGAUUAAUUUAGUGGAUGUCAUGCAUACACAGAGAUGAAUUGUUCUGUGUGUGCAUGUGUUAGUGUGUGUUUGUGUGAAGGCAUAGUUAUGUAGGCAAGGAAGUUGCUAGUAAGCCUAGGUGUUGGCACUUGAAAAUUAGAGAUAACCACGUGAUACGAGUAAGACUGUGAAGGGAGAUUAGAGCCACGAGGGAGUGUUGGAGCUGAGAUGAAAGGACCUCCUUUUGACCUUACCAAUGUACUGCAGGCUUUUAGGUGUAAAGCUACAUAUUUCCUUUAUUGGAUAAAUAUACUCUUUCUGUAUCUAGUCCAGCUCUUGGUUAUCCAGAAGGGGGAAAAAGAUUAUUUGUAUAUACAGUGAAUAGUGGAAUUUAGCAGCAUGUUACGUAGGGAGCACUGCUGGAGAAGUAAAGGGCAUUCAUAUUUGUAUUAGUCUUGAGAAAAUACAAUUCCAUAAGAUGAUCAUGCUAUCAGAGUUUUUUUUUUUAUUAGCUUUGUACACACCUAUCGCACACUGAUGGGGCAUCGUGUUGAGGGAAGAGUUUGAGUGCAGUCAUUGUACAGGAGAAUGGAACUGUGCAUGUUAUUUUUGUCAAUUAUGAGCUCAUUAAUAACAGGAAAACUGGAUAGUGUUUGCAUAACCCUGCAUACAUUAUGUAGACUAAAGGCGUACAUAACAUUUGCUUCUCUUGAAAGUAAACUAUUGCAAUCUGGAGUGAUUCUUGCAAGAUACAUGUGUGAGAAACUACCCAUUUGAUAACUUAAUGAAAAUGAAAACUGUGUUA